AUGUUCAAAGAAUUACUAUAUUUGAAUUUCAGUCCAUUUGCUGGUUCUGAUUAUCAUCGAUUAACAUUUGGUGUAUCACCUCCAAAUAUAUUAUCUUCAACUUUAGUACAAUUACGUGUCGUCGUUGACUAUUAUGAAGAUUGUCUUUAUUUACUUGAUGGUCGUUUUAAUCAACUUGAUACAAUCUAUGUUACCAUCUGUUCGUCAAAUGUACCUACGUUACCAGUGAUCAAUAAUAAAAAAAAACUUCCAAAUUUAAAAUGUUUUGUGCUAACUCAUAAAACAGAGUUAUUGGCCUAUAAUGAUAUUCUUAUUCCAUUAUUACAUCGAAUGUCAAAUUUAGAAGAACUCAGUUUAUAUUUUGACAGUUUUUAUGAAAAACUUAUUGAUGGUUAUAAUUUGGAAGAAAAUAUUUUGAAUUAUAUGAUACAAUUAAAAAAAUUUAAAUUUAAUAUUCGUUCAAUUAUUCCUUUUGAUAAUCAAGUUAAUUUACCAUCAAAUAAUGAUAUUCAAAAUACAUUUAAAAAUUUUAAAAACUCUAAAAUUGUUUCAUGUAUUGAUUGUUAUCCAAAAGCAAAUCAAUUUCAUUGUCAUAUUUAUUCAUAUCCAUAUUCAUUGAUACAUUAUAAUUAUAUAACAAACAAUUUUCGUGGUGGAUUAUUUAAACGUGUUGAUAAAAUAUCAUUAGUUGAUGAACGUUCUUUCGAACAUGAAUUUUUUCUUCAAAUUGCUAAAUCUUUUCCAUUUGUCAGCGAACUACGUAUACAAAAUCGGGAACCACAAAAGAAUGACAAACAACAAUGCUCAAUUAUAGAAUAUCCUCAUAUUAUUAAACUUGUUAUUGUUGAGAGUCAUGAAAGUUAUUUGGAACAAUUUUUGAAUAAUAGUAAAAU